AUGGCACCAAUAACCUCAAUGCCCAUGGAGCUCCUUUAUAUAAUAGCAGAGAGGCUCAGGAGUCACGACAUUCGUUCGCUCAGACAAACAUGCCACAACCUCAACGCGAAGCUGCGAGAAUUCCACUAUGAUGCUCUAUACCACACCCAACGUAUCUUCAUAGUACCGUCGUUUCUCGAGAAUUUUAUCAAAGUCGCAAAGGGUCGUGGCGCCCGGCAUACCAAUCGGACGCGCGAGUUAACCAUAUGUCUACAAAUGCCAUACCUAUCACUCGUCCGUCGUGAAUACAUAUCAUACGCAGGGACAGCCAGUAUUCCCUUCAAGGAGCUUCGGGACGCUCAGGGAGCCAAUCGCAUGUGUAGCUCCCCACAGCAACUUGAACUUUUAAACACGGUAUUUUCGAUAUUUCAGAAUGUUAGGACCGUUACAUUUGACAAUUCACCGAAAAUGGUUCCGAAUUAUCUCGAAUUGAGUCUUUUAUACCCGAAACUUCAGAUGCAAGAGGACGUUCUGCCGUUAGAUCGGGUUCGACAACCUCACAUUGGUUGGACGGAUUUGGUCGAUGAGGAUCGUGACGCUGAUAAUUGGAUAUGGUCGGGCACACUUGCAGUGAUUGCAUCGGCUGAACAGAGCAAUAUUACCACCAUCGGGUUCAGAAAUCGUUCUGGGGCGAGGGGUAUCCGUAUCUCUCAGUUUGAUAGAAUCCCUCCAAGCGAUAUGGUAUUGUUAAAGUCUGGUUUCACAAAAUUACGUCGGCUGGAACUCCACGUCAGCCUUGACGACUGCUAUGACGAUCCUUGCAGAGGAUUCGGGGAAUGGUUAGAGAAUAUUGGUCACCAAGUUGAAGAACUAUAUCUCUCCGGUACUGGCAACGUCUACUGGGCUAAGGAGCACCGGAAGCUAUUUCUGCCUACAUCAGCCGGACUACCCAAACUCACCAAAUUGGGCAUAGAUUUAGUAACUCUCGAUGUCGACAACCUCCAAAGCUUCCUACACCAUUCUCCGGGGCUUAAGGCCCUAAGAAUGUCCGGAUGUUGGUUCCAAGGGACCCCCACACGAAGAGUAAGCACGUUCAAACUACUCAAAUUCGCCUGCGAAGAGCUUGAAAACCUUCGUGAGUUCGAGCUCCAACUCUUUCAUAGUGACAGCGACGAUGCUAGAAUCCGUACUCACAUGGCCUAUGAGCUAAAAGCUCUGCUGUUGGAGGUCUAUGGAUUUUGGAUUUUGGAGAAAACGUGUAUCGCUCGAGUUACGCGGUCAGAGGACGACGGGGUAAAAGUAUUAGACAAUAUCGCUGCAGAGAUAAGGCGCCAUCCUGAUAUGGUUGAUGAUGAGCGGGCUCGUGUUUUUUGGGACUCGAUUUUGGAGAGGGGUUUUCAAUGCGGAGGUUCCGAUGAAUCUGAUGAUUAG